CAGCACAGGCGCACAGCACAUUGCACUUUUCACUUUCGUAUUAUAACUUGUUAUCAUAGUUAGGAGAAGCGUAGCAAAAAUAGAGAGAGAGAGAGAGAGAAUGGAAGCAAAGUUAGGGAAGGCGUUCGAGUCCAUCACCAACUUCUUCACCGGCGCUGACCAGAUCCCCUGGUGCGAUCGCGACAUCGUCGCUGGAUGUGAGCAAGAGGUUCAUGAAGCUGAAAAAGGUCCUUCUGAUGAGUUUAAGAAUGAAUGCAUCAUGCGUUUGUCGUGGGCUCUUGUUCACUCAAGACAGACAGAAGAUGUACAUAGAGGCAUAGCUAUGCUUGAGUCUUCACUGGGCAGCACUACCAGCCCUUUGAAACUGAGAGAGAAGCUUUAUCUUCUAGCUGUGGGUUAUUAUAGAAGUGGUGACUAUUCAAGAAGUAGGGAGCUGGUGGAAGACUGUUUGAAGAUUGAGCCCGAAUGGAGACAGGCACAAUCCCUCAAGAAAGCAAUUGAAGACCGGAUCAAGAAAGAUGGUGUGAUAGGCAUAGGAAUUGCUGCUACUGCUGUUGGACUGGUUGCUGGUGGGAUUGCUGCAGCAUUUGCACGUAGGAAUUGAUGCGACCUUUGAUAAUCACAGAUAUGCACGAGGAAUACACUCGAUGACGUACUAGGUGCAGAAACCAAAACUAAAUUGUGGUUUAAUACAUGCUUACUUGUUCCUUUCGUUACAUGAAAGAACUUAAGAGGUUGGUUUUUUUAUAACACAAUUUUCUUGUAAGAUAGUUACCAUCAACGUGUAUACUUUCGGAUUUAUCUGAGAAUUGCUCCCUCCUUCUUCA